CGUUGGAUGACAAUCUUACGCUAUUUACGACGAACACAUUAGGUUUGGUCACUGAUUAGGCCGCACCACGAUGGCCGUCGCAUUGAUCAUCUCCGUUACUUGCUUAACGGCUACCCUAGUUCAAGGUGUACCACAUGGUUCCAAGCCGGCGCCCAGAAUCGUAGGAGGUCAAGAUGCCGACAUCCAGGACUAUCCGUACCAGGCCGCGGUCUUGCUGGACGGUGAAUACGCAUGCCAAGCAUCCAUCAUCAGUACCAGCUGGGUAAUCGGCGUCUCUCACUGCUUCUACGACACCGAUGGCACUCGUCUCCAAGGCAACUGGUCUGUUCGAGUAGGAAGCAGCCAACCCUCGUCCGGAGGUCAAAUAGUGCCGUUGUCUGAAGUAAACUUCUACGACCCGUACGAGAAGUUCCUCAACGACUUGGCAUUGCUUAAAUUAGACAACCCUCUUGAGUACGGACCGUCCAUCCAGGCCGUCAAACUACCGGAAAAAGACCGAGAGUUGAAAAGCGACGAACCGGCAGUAGCUACCGGCUGGGGUUCCACUGCGGACUAUUCCUUUCAAUUAGCAGACCAGUUGCAGCAGGUCACGUUCAAUAUUGUGCUCACCGAAGACUGCCAAAGUAGCUACGGAAACGAUUUAGUCAGCGACACGAUGUUUUGCGCCCAGUCCGCAGGUAAAGGUCUCUGCUCCGACGACGGCGGCGCACCUUUGGUCUCCAACGGGACCCUCCUGGGAGUCGGAGAGUUCAGUUUGGCAUGCGGUCAGGUCGUCGGACUGCCUGGUGGUGCUUUUGCCAACGUCGCCCUGUACAGGGACUGGAUAGGAAGCGUCAAAUGUCCCAGCGGGAGUCUGGGAUCUGGCCGGGAGUUAUUUACUCCAAUCAGGCCCAAUAUGAUUAGGAUCGGACUUCACCUUAGACAAGUAUCUAAGGCCUAUAUAAACCAUGUUCCGGACAUUUUCCUCAUUCUGUUACUACAUUAUUCCACCAUGAGAACUGCAUUAACGGUGCUUGUCGUUUGCUUAGCGACUUCCCAAAUUCAUGGCGUUCCGCUUGGUUCCAAGCCGGCACCUAGAAUAGUGGGAGGUGCCGACGCCGACAUCCAGUACUAUCCGUAUCUGGCUGCGGUAUUACUAGACGGUGAAUAUGCAUGCCAAGCAUCCAUCAUCGACAAUAGUUGGAUAAUCACGGCAGGUCACUGCUUCUACGACAACGACGGUCAUCGCCUCCGAGGCCAGUGGUCAGCCCGUGUAGGAAGUAGCCAGCCCACGUCCGGAGGCGAGGUGGUGCCGGUGUCAGAAGUACACAUCUUCAGACCGUAUCAGAUGUUCAGCAACGACUUGGCACUGCUUAAAUUAGAAAUCCCUCUUGAGUACGGAUCGUUCAUUCACUCCGUCAAACUACCCGAAAACGACCAAGAGUUGAUUAGCAACGAACCAGCAGCAGCUAUUGGUUGGGGUUCUACCAGUGAAUAUGACACUGAAUUAUCAGACCAGUUGCAGUAUGUCAAGCUUAAUAUUGUGCUUACCGAAGACUGUAAGAAGAGCGUAGGCAAAGCCAUAAUCAGCGAUACGAUGUUUUGCGCCCAGUCCGCCGAAGGGGGUAAGGGGCUCUGCUCCCACGAUACCGGCGCACCUUUGGUGGCCGACGGGACCCUCUUGGGCGUGGGAGAGUUCAGUGUGGAAUGCGGAAACGUCAUCGGUCUGCCCGGAGGUGUUUUUACCAACGUCGCCCUCUACAGAGACUGGAUAGCCAGGGUCAGCGGGUUGUAGAUUGAAUAAAACUGUCUAAACUGGUUCGAUGGUCUCAUUAACUAUCGCGCACACCAUCCAGCUGCUAGAUAUACAAUGUUAGGUUAAGUGGCUCGGAAAAUAUCGGUGAAAAACUAAAAAUGGCGGAUUUUGGUUUUCGCGAGUGAAUCCAAAAGGGUUAAAUGGACAGUAGUCAAAAUGUGACAUUGUUCAGAAGAGGACAACUUCUUAACAAGUCACAUAUCUUGGGCAAAUACAUCUCCAAAUCAUGCGGUGAGGCAAUGAUGACGCUCCUUUGUGACUGCAUGUUAAUAUUGAUCCUACGAUAAAGUUUAAAUUGGCAAAAUUGGAGUAUUGUUCUUAAAAAAAAAUUCUAUCUGUCAAAUUUGGAGAGGU